AUGCUGGACCCAAUUCCGCAAGUGGCGGACCCGAACGUGCGCGAAUUGCCCGAGGAUACCCCAGAGGAGCUCUUCAAGACCACUGCGCGAAUCGGCUGGUGGGGCCGGAAUAGGAACUUCCAAGAGGCGGAGGCAGAAUUCAACGCCUCUGAGAUCAAGCAUUCCAUUAUGUACAGCGCGAUGAUUAGUGCUGCUGCCUCCUGCAAGAAGUUUGAUGAAGGAAUGGCUUAUUUCGAGGAGAUCCGAAGCAGCUCGAUGGAAGUCACCGAUGUCUACGGCUCUGUGCUCAAGCUGCUGGGGCUGCAAGGCAACUACGAGGAAGCCAGCAGGGUUUGGCACGAGAUCGUCGACGAGGGCCUUCUGAAGUUGUCCCCGACCCGACAGCAGAGCUGCCUCACGGGACUUCUCAAUGCGGCGGCCUUUGCAGGAGAUGUUGAGCUCGUGUUGAAGGACAUGGAGGAAGCGCAGGCCCUAGGUGUCGAGCUCAGUCCAUCGCACUACGGCUGCCUUCUGAAAGCAUGCCGAGAAUCCAGAGAUCUCGACAAUGCAGAGAAAGCUUUGCUGCGCAUGCGGAACGCAAGCAUCAAGGCAAACAUCGUCCACUACACUAUCUACAUGGGGGCCUGCACCAGGUUUGUGGCAGAAACACGCCCGGGUCACGCAGCAGCGGUGGAGCUGGAGCAGAAGGUGCUAUCUAUGAUGGACGAGGACAUGGUGUCGGCCAACGAGUACUUCCUGGAAGAGCACAUCCUUCUCCACCUCGGGAUUUCCAGUUUGAGGGACUGGCUCGAUGACGAGGGCUCCCAGAGGCCCGGUUCGGAGGAGCUCCAGGCAGCAGCGCAGGUCUUAGAGGAGGCCAUCGCGAAAGGCAUCCGCCCGACCCAGGGCACAAGGAGACUGAGGGACCGGCUGCCGGCCUUGCAGGCCGCCUCCACAGAGGCGUAUGCACUUCUCAAUGGAUAG